AUGUCUUUCCAGCCGCAAGCCCAUCCAGAUCCGCCAUGCCUGCGUUUCCCAGAGAACCUGGGAUUACAUGCCGCAGUAAACAUAGAAGCUGCGGUAAAUAUGCUCCUUAGAGCGGUUCAGAUGUCCCAGAACGUCCCCUACAUGUGGACAUUCAUAGACAAGCCAGCCGAAGGACAACUUUUCUUACUAUAUCUUCAAAAUCCGGCACAGUUUCCCAACGACGGUAUUCGAUAUCAGGAUCAAGAAAGCCGCUAUGUUAUACCUGCCGGCAAUCGGGAAAUGGAAGUCUCAGAGAUCAAGCACGGCUUUGUGCCUAAUUCUCCGGACACAACUGCUUGGCGCCUGCGGCGGCGCUACCGUCUGCAUAGAGGAGGCCACCCCCAGCUUGUGCUCGUGCACUACACGCGCGGGCCCCCCAUACAAAUCGUCCCGUCACUACUCAAUUCUCCCGUACGCCAAUACCCUCUCCGUCAAAUCACCGAACCGUCCGUAUAUAUUAUGGGUGAUAAGGCGGGCCAAAAAGUGUAUCCGCCUGGAUCUGCACCUCCGCCGCCCCCUCAAGCACCAAUGGGAAUGCCGCCACAUCCCAUGAGCAUGAAUCAGCAGGGUGUGAAUCCUCCGGUAGUCAGCAUAAACGCUCCAGGGAUGGGGAUGAACGCGCAAGCAAUGCUCGCGCAGCAGAACAGUGUUAUGGAAGCACUCGAGAGAAGGCGAGAACGGGAACGACCCAGAGAGCGAGGUGGUAGUAUGAGUGGUAGUCGCCCUGGUCCGCCUCGGUUGGACGACGAUGAUUCGGCAGAUGAAACCGAAACAAUAUCUACUCGUACGCUGGCCAUAACCAGGUACCGACGUAACCAUGAACUCAUGGAAGAGGUGUUCAAACAAGCUGCAUUUGGUAACGUGAAGCGACCCGCACCACAAACCGCAUAUUCGAUAUUCGACAAAUCAGAACUAGAAGCCAAAGUGAACAAGCUACAAGAGGAAGUUGACGCGUUGCGGGCGAAGGCCGUGGAGCGCAAGACGCGCUUAGUAUCUGAAGAUGUCAUUGCCGUUAACGCGCCGAGUCCCAUGGAGAUUGCCCCAUGACAUGUUUGCAAUGUACAUUUCAUAAUGCGAGACAUGCAAUAAU